ACUAAAAAGGCCAUGAAUGUGAUCCUCAGUGACCUGCGAGCCAGCGACUACUUCAACAUCAUCUCCUUUUCUGAUACUGUUAGUGUCUGGGAAGCUGGAGGCUCAAUCCAGGCCACCGUCCAGAAUGUCCACAGUGCCAAGGACUACCUGGGGCGCAUGGAAGCUGAUGGCUGGACCAACAUCAAUGCAGCUCUGCUGGCAGCUGCUUCGGUGCUGAACCAUAGCAACCAGGAGCCUGGGAGGAGCCCCAGUGUGGGGAGGAUCCCUCUUAUCAUCUUCCUGACAGAUGGGGAGCCCACAGCCGGCGUGACGACCCCCAGUGUGAUCCUCUCCAAUGUCCGUCAGGCACUAGGCCACAGGGUGUCCCUUUUCAGCUUGGCCUUUGGGGAUGAUGCUGACUUCCCACUGCUACGUCGCCUGUCUCUGGAGAACCGGGGAGAUGCCCGGCGUAUAUACGAGCACACCGACGCGGCCCUCCAGCUGGAGGGCCUCUAUGAGGACAUCUCCAUGCCUCUGCUGGCAGAUGUGCAUCUGGACUACUUGGGAGGCUUGGUUGGAGCCUCCCCUCAGACCCUUUUUCCUAACUACUUUGGUGGCUCAGAGCUGGUGGUGGCAGGCCAGGUGCAGCCAGGUGAACAGGAGCUGGGCAUCCAUUUGGCAGCCCGUGGCCCCAAAGGUCAGCUUCUCAUGGCCCACCACAGUGAAAAGGCUACCAACAGCAGCCAGAAGGCCUUUGGUUGCCCGGGGGAGCCAGUUCCCGUUGUGGCCCGCUUCAUCCGCCGCCUCUGGGCCUAUGUCACCAUCGGGCAGCUGCUGGAUGCACGCUUCCAAGCCCGCGACACCACCACUCGGCGCCUGCUGGCUGCCACCGUCCUCAACCUGUCCCUUGAGUACAACUUUGUCACACCUCUGACUUCACUAGUCAUGGUGCAGCCCAAGGAGGCCAAUGAGGAGGCCAGGAGGCAGACCCCCACCACAGCCGAGCUAGAUGCCAUCAUGCCUUCACCCAGCAGCAGUCAUGGACUAGGGGCGGGCACAGCCCAGCCUGUCUUGGUGCCCAAGGUCUCCCCCAAAUCAAUGCCUGUGAAACCAAAGCUCUACUUAUCCUCAACUGCUACUGUCUCUGCCAAGAUGCCCAGUUCCAAGGAGUUGGAGCCAUUGGGACAGAACCCGAGUACCCCAUCAAGCCCAGAACACCCGAAGCCCCAAACUCCAGCCCAACAGGAUUCUGAUACCUUGACCCAACCAACUCUCAGGACGAAGCCUGCUGUCUUUGUGCCCUCAAACUCUGGUGCUCUGUUGCCUCUGAAGCCCAGCGCUUCGGCACACCAGAAGCCUGAUAUCGUACUGCCCACAAAUUCCAAGACGCAGGUCCCACCUCUGAAUCUCGGCAUCCCAGCCCCCUCCAAAUCUAGCAUGGUAAAACAUGUUACUCCACUGCAUUCUAAACCUGGUGCUUCACCACACCCCCAACCUGAGGUAUUCACACCACAGUCACCCAAAGGCCUGCCACAGCCCAGACCUAGAGUCUCCACACUUCAGAUUCGCCAAAACCCACCACGCACCAGACCUAGGGCUCCUGCUCCCAAGACCCCAAACAACCAGGCACACCCCACACCUGGGAUCCUUUUACCCAAGAUCCCUAAAAUCUUAUCACCCCUUAAAUCUAGUGCCCCACUACAGCAAACUUCCACAAGUCUAUCACUUUCUAAGACGGGGAUCUCAAUGCCCCAUACACACGAAAUUCCGCAGUCUCCUAGACCUGCCAGACCCGGGCCCCCACCUCCUCAGAGCCUAAGUAUAUCCCCGUACCCAAGUUCCACAGGUUCUAGCAGUGCCACGACCACCUCUGUCCUUGGAGAACCUCUCCCCACCACUCCUUUUACCCCCACCCUGCCUCCUGGAAGGCCCUGGAAUCAGCAUGACCAGCUGCUGGGGCCUCAGAGCACCAGGCAAAUUCUGGGGUCAUCUGGGCCAGAAGUCCCAACAAUGAGUUUACCCAACAGCUCCAGGCCUACGCCAGAAGGCAGCCCUCCAAACCUGCCAAUCUUGCUGCCUUCCAGCAACCUCCCUGAGGCCAUCAGUCUCCUCCUUCUCCCUGGGGAGCUAAAACUGCUGUCUGAGUCAAAGGUGGAGUCCGAGUUUGUGGAGUCCUUGAACUCACCAGCCUUCUAUACCUUCCUCACUCCAGACAAAGAUGGAAGUCCACAUUGGGAUGGUGAUUCUGAGCAGAUCCUGGGGAGACCUGGAGGAAACAUGGACUCUCAGGGAAGUUCUGUGGGACUAGCAGAAGGCACAUUGCCAAGCAUCUUCACCUUCUCUUCCUCAGUGGAUGGGGACCCUCACUUUAUGAUCCACAUCCCACACUCAGAAGACAGAAUCUGCUUCACACUGGACGGGCGUCCAGGGGACCUACUGCAGCUCAUAGAGGAUUCAAAGGCAGGGCUGCAUGUGAGUGGGAAACUGCUUGGAGCACCACCAAGGCCAAACCACGAGGAUCAGAUCCGUACCUACUUCCAGAUCAUCACAGUCACUACAGACAAACCUUGGGCGUACACUAUCACCAUCAGCCGCAGUUCCAUAUCUGUGCAGGGAGAGAGUACCUUGCGCCUGUCAUGGGACCAACCUGCCCUGCUGAAGAGGCCCCGACUGCAGCUCCGUGUGGCUGCUGCAACUCGCCUCACCCUCCACCUUGGGCCCCACCUUGAGUUCCUCAUCCUCCGGCACCGCUACAGACACCCCAGCACCCUGCAACUGCCCCACCUGGGGUUCUAUGUGGCCAAUGGCUCAGGCCUCAGCCCCCUGGCCCAUGGCCUGAUGGGGCAAUUCCAGCAUGCAGACCUCCGACUGGUGACAGGGCCUAUGGGGCCAUGCCUGCAGAGGCACCAUGGCCCAGAUGUGCCUGUGGUUCUACGCAAGAGGCUGAUGAAGGACUCACCAAGGCUGCUACCCCGCUGGGCUCCCUGCUGGCUGGUGAAGCGCUCUCAUGUAGAGCAGCUGCUUGGCCACCCCUACCUCACCUAUGUCCUGUGA